AUGUCAACUGAUGAACAAAUACCUGUUAUUGCUGAAGUAGAAAAUGCCAAGAAAUCGGAUGGUUCAAGCACAGCUAAUGAGCAUCAUAUAGACAAAGUCAAUGAUGACGAGCAAGUUCCACAAGUGGACGAAAAAUCAACAACAAACAAGGAAGAAGACGAAGAAGAUAAGAAAUCGGAAGCGACAGCUAGUGAGAGCGAAGAUAACAACAUCAAUGGAAAAGAAAAUAACAAUAAUAAUAAUAAACGCGAUAUUGAACAAGUCGACCAAGUCGAAGAUGAGAAGAAAAAUGGUCAAGCCGAAGAAGAUGAAGAAGCGGUUGUUUCAACUACAACAUCUAAUAAGAAAGUCAAAAUUAUUGAUCCAUUAACAACAGAAAAUGGUGGUGACACGGAUGAAUCGUCAUCGGCAAGUGCCAAAGUACCAAACGAAGAGCUUACCGUUGUUUAG